AUGCCUGAUUAUCACAAAAAUUUUUUUUCGGCUAACAACCGUAUGUUAAAAAUUGCUGGUCUUUGGUGGUUAUUCAACAAAGAUCCAAAAACCAAAUUAUUCCACUACAUAAUAAUGGGAUUUUAUUUCAUUUCUUGCCAACUUUUUAGAACCUACCACAAUAUUUUUGAUAUUUGGAUAGUUUACGGAGAUCUUCAACGAUUAUUAGACCAUUUAGGAGUGGUGAUGAGUCACAUUUUAAUGAAUUUAAAAUACAUCAUAUUAUAUUAUCGAAAUAAAGUGAUUAAAGUAAUGGAAGAGUUAAAAAAAGAAGGAUAUGAUUACGAAUCGAUUGCUGAUUAUAACCCAUAUCAGAUUUCUGUUGAUCGAAAAAGAAUUGCCAUCAGAGGAAUCUUAGCGUUUUUUACGACGGUUUGUAGUGUUCCUUUGGUUGGAACAAUUACUUCAGUUACAUUGUUAACGAUACAAGAAAAUGUUACUUGCGUUGAAAUUUUACCGGAUCCAACAAGAGUUCGUUUACGUAUGGAAAGUUAUUUUGAUUGUUGUGUGGCCAUCAUUUUUCAAGGAACACCAGUUUUAAUGUUUGGAUGGCAAAUUGUUGUAAUCGAUAAUCUGUACGUGGUUAUUUUGGUUUGUUUGGAAUCUCAUAUUUUAAUUGUAAAAGGUGCUUUUGAAACGAUAAGAACACGAGCUUUACGUAAACUUAAUUUAACGGAGAAUAAUUUGGAAAAUAAUAAACAUUCUUUAGAUCGAUUAAUGGAACAUGAAAUGAAACGACUCAGCAAACACUUACAAUUAAUUAUACGGUUAUUUGAGCAAAUUGAAGAAAUAUUUAAUAUAAUAGUGUUAAUGCAAGUAGUCGUUGUGAUGGCUUUGGGAGUUUGUUCUUUGUACAUGAUGUCAAGUUUAAAUAUCAUUUCGGGAGCUUUUCUUCACCAAUUAUUGUAUUUCAUGGCUGUUUCUAUACAAGUAACACUUUAUUGUUGGAUCGGAAAUGAAAUAACAUUGACGGGAGCAACUGUCCCUUUGGCAAUUUAUAAAUCAGAUUGGAUCACUGCUACUUCAAGUUUUCGUAAAGGAAUGUUAAUAAAUAUGGCUCGUAUGCAAAGAAAUUUAUGCAUAACAAUCGGAAAAUUUUCACCUUUAACUCUUGCUACCUUAGUUGCUAUAUUUAGAGGUUCAUACUCUUAUUUCGCAGUGUUACGGAACCAAAAAAUGAGGGAGUAAUUAAGAAAUCAACUAAAAAAGUGUAUGUAUCUAUUUAUUGUGUUCACCAAAAAUUAGUUUCACCUAAAUAUAUUCUUUAAGCUAUG